GUCUGACGUCGCUUGCCUCUAACCACCAUGUCCGUGUCGUACUCUGAGACCACUCCAGACAAUGAGUCGCCCAACAAGCCCAGGCAGAUCCGCAUCAACAUCCCACCGCGCUUCUACCUCCUUCCAGGCACUGCCAUCCUGCUCGGCACGACCAUUGGGCUUUUCCGUGGGUCGCGACGCGCCUCGUUGCGCUUCCUCGCGGAGAACGUGCAUCGUCCGCCGACGACCGUCCAGGGCUGGUACUUCUACCAGAAGACGAAAAACUACCGUGUUAUAUUGGGUGGGCUGAAGGAAGCGGGUGCGGAUGCGUUAAAGCUUGGCGCGUCCGCGGCGGCGUGGGUGUGCUUCGAGGAGGGCGCGACGAGGCUAGGCGAGGAAGUUGCGAACUUCAAGGAGAUCAUUGCCGGCCUUGGAACUUCUGCCGUGUUCUCGCUUGCCUGUGAGUGUUCUCGUCCUGACCUUCUAGUUCGCCUUAACUUCUCUGUCCCACCUUCCAGAUCGUCUACCACCGAAAGCCGCGGGCAGAGCAGCAAUUCUCGGCCUUAUGAUCGGAUGCUCUCUGCGUGGGCUUCAGUGGACGCAAGCUCAGCUGCGCGUCAACGCCGUAGAACGAGCAGAACGACUGGAGCCUCCCGUUGCGGAAGCCGCCGAGGGCAUUAAGGAAAGCACGGACGUUGUGAAGGGACGUCGCGCGUGAGAAACUACCCUGCUCCUCCGCUACCCCUAAUACCACACACUGCCGGUGACACGCAAGCCUACUAUACAGCGGAACUCUCCAUCAGCUACUUUCGCGGCUUCGCCGGGCCAGCUCGCGAUAACGAUGGAGAAGGUUCGUGCAGUCGGUGCAACGGCGCUGUGAAGCGCGUGAUAUUAAGCAAGGCGUCGGGAGCAUGUGAGCUGGGUAUGCCUUGGUUGGCUCGUCGCUCUCGCGAUAUAUUAUAUUUCGCCGGUGCCUUCGUGCUGUGAAGGGUUCUACUCCCUUCAUUUCGCUGUUAAUCCCUGGUGCCGGCUUCACUGAAGUUUUCAGAGUUUGACUUUCAAGAUUGGCAUCGCGAUUGCACAUUGAAAGGAGAUCAUCUCGAUACAGAACAUGGAUCGGUCCGAUUGCACUCACAGUCAGAAGGUUCAGCUAUUUGAGAACCCGAGUACCACCGAGUCGACAUCUCGGUGUACGGUAUCUGUAUGGCUACGCCAGUACCAAAAUGAACGGCUUUGCGAAAAUUGUAGGAGCUUCUGCCUCAACUAAUUCAUCGUGUGCGCAUUAUAACAGUCACGUUAGGCCUAAACGAGUAUCUGCACAACGUAGUAUGCUAGCCUAGAUAUCUUGCUCAGCGCG